GCCACAAUACUGUAUUGAGGGUCUGGAUGGGGGUGUUGGGUGUAGAUUUCAGUUUUUAGUUAGUAUUGUGUCUAUUCGUCAGUUGCAGUUAAAUUUUGGGUCAUUUGCCAGUUGUCAGUUAAGUGGCUGCAUGUUAAUAAUUUAGAAAUGGCCUUCAAUGGCUUAAAACUCUCCUAGUUGACCCCUUUUAUGGAGAAUACAGUCGAACCUCUUCACAACGGCCACCUUGGGUACAAACGAUAGUGGCCGUUUAAGAGACGUGGCUGUUUUGGGGAGGUAAGCCAGUGUGCAAUAUGACACCUGUUUUUACGGGGGUGCAACAUUUUUUUAAAAAGAGAAAUGCCUGUUUUGACUUAUAAAUACAUAACAUAUUUUUAAAACAUAGCAAUAAAACAGAUACUAAACAAAAACAGAGACCAACGACGCACCGUAAGUACGGAUCAAGUUUGUGACCUUUCCCAAUAAAAAAUGGUCAGGGACUCUGUAUACACUGUUCGUCAGUCGUUGAUUAACUGGCCGUUGUCGAGAGGCUAUUUUCAAUAGACAGCUGGGACGCGUUUUAAUGGCCGUUUCCCAGCUGUGGAGAGAUGGCUGUUGUAGAGAGGUUGACCCCAUCCAGACCCCAUUUAUGGUUUUUCCCGCCCAGGCGAAAUCGGCCUUCUGUGUGUUUUAGAUGAUUAUGAUCUUUACCGACGUAGGACUAUAUUACUCACUUUCUUUAGGGAAUUCCCAAGAACAAGUCGAGGAUCUAAACCGUGUAGGAGAAAUUGCAGAUAUGAAUCCGAGCGUCUUACAAAGAACUGGUCUUGAGCAUGAUAAAUUGAGAGUACUCACACAUUAUGUCAAAGGAAACAUCCAAGAGAAGAAAAAUGACUUAAGAAAUGCGUUAAGUUGCUACACUGAAGGGAUUGAAGUGAAGUGCAAAGAUGACAACUGGAACUUCAAGCUUUACUUGAAGAGGUCGCUGAUUCAUCAGGGACUAGAUAUGAAUCCGAGCGUGUUACAAGGAAUUGGUGUUGACCAUGAUACAUUCAGAGAUAUCAAGGACCUCGUAUAUGGUCGAAACUAG